AUGCAUGGUGGUUUAUAUAUGUCUUCUGUUUUUGUUUUGUAGUGUUAUGUUGUCUGCUGCAUGGAAUGAUUGCAUGUGUUUGAGUGCUCAUGGAAAGAGAUGUAUGCUUGUUUAUUUUCAAAUGAUGCACAGCUGCAGGACCCUAACAAUCAUGUUUGUCUUCCCUUCCUACUUUGCAUGCAUGUCAAUCUUAACUUGAAAUAAAGAUAAUUAAUUAACCCCUCAUCUGUCUGUCUGUCUGUCUCUCUAUUUAUAGAGCUCUGUCUUAACUUGUGUAUAUAUGUUUGUUGACCUUUUAGUUUAUUAAGAAGAUCAACAUAUCAGAUGCUUAUGUAAUCCUGUGUAUCUGUGUUUGAUGACCUUACAAAAGUUCAUUAAGGUGAAACAAUAUAUAUAUAUAAGAAUAUAUUAGGCUUUCAGAUAUAUAGGUCAUCACUAGCUAGGGAGAAGAGAAAGACAGGUAUAAAGUUAUAGUGAAGCCUUUUGCAAUUGAAACACUACUAGUGAAAAGAAGAAGAAGAAGAAGAAGAAGAAGAAAGAGAAGGAGAAAAUAAGCAACUAUAGUUCUUCAUGUUCCCAGGAAGCAGCAUGAGCAACCCAUCCUCCAUCUCUGAUGAAGCAACAGGCACUGCUUCCUCAAAUAAUCCAAACACUUUUAGCCAUCUCUUCAUCCCCAUUUCUCCUCCUCCACUCCACCACCAACACCAAACCAAACAAAAGAAGAAGAGAAGCCAACCUGGAAACCCAGAUCCAGAAGCUGAAGUUGUAGCGCUAUCUCCAAAAAGUCUAAUGGCAACCAACAGGUUUGUGUGUGAGAUUUGUAACAAAGGAUUUCAAAGAGACCAGAACCUUCAACUUCACAGGAGAGGACAUAACCUUCCAUGGAAACUGAGGCAAAGGAAUAACAAGGAGGUGGUGAAGAAGAGGGUCUAUGUUUGUCCAGAACCUUCAUGUGUUCACCACCACCCAUCAAGAGCUCUUGGAGAUCUCACUGGCAUCAAGAAACACUACAGCAGGAAGCAUGGAGAGAAGAAGUGGAAGUGUGACAAGUGUUCCAAGAGAUAUGCUGUUCAUUCUGAUUGGAAGGCUCAUAUCAAGAACUGUGGAACAAAGGAGUAUAAAUGUGAUUGUGGUAUCCUCUUCUCCAGGAAAGAUAGCUUCAUCACACACAGAGCUUUCUGUGAUGCGCUUGCCCAAGAAAGUGCAAGAGUCAUCGCUGCUGCUGCUGCUGCUGCUGCUGCCUCAGCCACCACCACCAUCAUCCCUCCUCCUCCUCCUCCUCCUCCUCCUCCUCCUCUCUAUCUCCCUUUUGCAUCAUGGAACCCUAAUUUUAGCACUAGUACUCCAAGCUUGUUAUUUCAUGGCAAGCCUGAAGACCAGCUUCUUUCAAUGAGUACUACUAGUUCACAGCAUAAUAAUAAUGCAAUGGCCGUCAUGAGCACCACGGACGGCUACAAUGCGUCCAGAUUGAGCUUUGACGUUGGAGAUCUAUCCACGUGGCAGAAAGAAUGACCGUUUGACCAGGGACUUCCUUGGAGUGGAUGAUGAUGGGAGCAUGGGAAUGGAUAUGACCACUCGCGGUGAGCACACGGCGCCAUUCGGAAUUCCCACUUGGAGUGAUUUCCAAAGUAUUUAGAGAUGAUUGAUUUAUUUUCUUUCUUUGUUUUUUUUUUUCUAGAUUUAAUUUGACGAUUAUUAUGACGAUGAUGAUGCAUGCUUGAUGCUUCUUAGUUAAAUGUUUGUUUGUUCUUCA